AUGCUGAUGCGUCAAUUGCAGUCAGUCCAGCGCGAUCAGCUCAGCAUAGCGAAGACGUGCAUACACCUCUUGGAAAUUGCAUACCCGGUGGCUUAUCAUCGCAUCUUUAUCAAAACCGAUCCGGUCACGGCAAUGACCACCUGGAAAAACCUUGCUUCUGGCAACGGUCUACGACACGUUCGGCAUCUCCAAGUUCAUGAUUCAGGACAGUCAACUGCAAAUGCUAGGAAGCGGCAUCAUGUCGGAGACGUGGUCACUGGUAUUCUUCUUGCAGCUAUGCGCCGGCAUCAGUUGCUGUCCUUUAGUCUAACACACCCUAUUGUUGUCCCAUCCAUGGUGUCUACAAGAAACUCGAUCAUACUGAUGGAAACUCAGCAACACCUUGCACAAGUAAGCUUGCCAAGUUUCAUGAGAUCCAACAAUAUCAGCAUUGCCGAUUAUCUUCCGGUGACUUUACAAUUUCGCAGCCUUCGCCACAUUACGUUAGAGCUGCCUAUCAGUAGUAGCGUCGAUUACAUGAGUAGUGUUAUUGGUAAGAAAUCACCCAGCCUGAAGAGUAUUCAUCUUUGGUUCUCAGCCCAGGGUAAUGAGCUUUCGCCCCAUGUAUUUACAGCACCUAGGGGCGAGCCAUCUUCUCGGAGUAUCUUAUUCUCCAUGGCUACCAGGCUUACUAUUCUUGGCUACGAUUUCAAAUAUCUCCCCACGCGGGUGGGUCUGCCCUCAUUUCCUGCGCUCCACGCUCUUGCAAUGAUCGACUGCAAGAACGACGUUCAUUUCCACGUUCGCAUCAAACCAGAAUGUCUCCCAAAGCUACGAGCGUUACUGAUUACAAGUGCCAAUUACAUACGCGGAGAUGACAUUAUUCGCCUAAUCGGAGGAACGAGCUGCUUGCGAGAACUCAUUGUGUACGGACCAAACUUGUACUUCAUGAAUUACUCAAGUCUCCGCUCACACGCGCAGAGUCUCGAACUCCUCUUCUUCGGUAUACGGGGCACCUCGAUUUCCAGUCUGAGCGCACUAACAGCUCUGCGUCACUUGGGUGUCUCCAUGGAUGACCUCUAUUGUUUGAAGUCAAACGGGUUUUGUAUCGAGAGCAAGAAAAGGCUCACUAAAGUCUUUGCAGACUUUGCGAGUCACAAGAAGCUACUGUCACUGACUUUGUAA